AUGGAGCCCUUCCUCAGGAGGCGGCUGGCCUUCCUGUCCUUCUUCUGGGACAAGAUCUGGCCUGCGGGCGGCGAGCCGGACCACGGCACCCCCGGGGCCACGGACCCCGGCGCCGACCCAGUGCCCGCGCUCCCCGCGGAGCCCUGCAGCCCCUUCCCGCAGCUCUUCCUUGCGCUCUACGACUUCGUGGCCCGGCGCGGGGAGGAGCUGAGUGUCCGCCGCGGGGACAGGCUCUGCGCCCUGGAGGAGGGGGGCGGCUACAUCUUCGCGCGCAGGCUCUCGGGCCAGCCCAGCGCCGGGCUCGUGCCCAUCACUCAUGUGGCCAAGGCUUCUCCCCAGACGCUCUCAGACCAACCCUGGUUCUUCAGUGGAGUCAGCCGGACCCAGGCACAGCAGCUGCUCCUCUCCCCACCCAACGCACCGGGAGCCUUCCUCAUCCGGCCCAGCGAGAGCACCCUGGGGGGCUACUCACUGUCAGUCCGGGCCCAGGCCAAGGUCUGCCACUACCGGGUCUCCAUGGCAGCCGAUGGCAGCCUCUACCUGCAGAAGGGUCGGCUCUUUCCUGGCCUGGAGGAGCUGCUCACCUACUACAAGGCCAACUGGAAGCUGAUCCAGAACCCCCUGCUGCAGCCCUGCGUGCGUCAGAAGGCCCCGCGGCAGGAUGCGUGGGAGCGACCACACUCCGAAUUUGCCCUUGGGAGGAAGCUGGGUGAAGGCUACUUUGGGGAGGUGUGGGAAGGUCUGUGGCUGGGCUCCCUGCCCGUGGCGAUCAAGGUCAUCAAGUCAGCCGACAUGAAGCUCGCUGACCUCGCCAAGGAGAUCCAGACGCUGAAGGGCCUGCAGCACGAGCGGCUCAUCCGGCUGCACGCGGUGUGCUCGGGCGGGGAGCCUGUGUACAUCGUCACGGAGCUCAUGCGCAAGGGAAACCUGCAGGUCUUCCUGGGCAGCCCCGAGGGCCGGGCCCUGCGUCUGCCGCCGCUCCUGGGCUUUGCCUGCCAGGUGGCUGAGGGCAUGAACUACCUGGAGGGGCAGCGCAUCGUGCAUCGGGACUUGGCCGCCAGGAACGUGCUUGUGGACGAUGGCCUGGCUUGCAAGGUGGCUGACUUUGGCCUGGCCCGGCUGCUCAAGGACGACAUCUACUCCCCGAGCAGCGGCUCCAAGAUCCCGGUGAAGUGGACAGCACCUGAGGCGGCCAGUUAUCGUGUCUUCUCCCAGAAGUCGGACGUCUGGUCCUUCGGCGUCCUGCUGUAUGAGGUUUUCACCUAUGGCCAGUGUCCCUACGAAGGGAUGACCAACCACGAGACGCUGCAGCAGAUCAUGCGAGGGUACCGGCUGCCGCGCCCGGCUGCCUGCCCGGCAGAGGUCUACGUGCUCAUGCUGGAGUGCUGGAGAAGCAGCCCCGAGGAACGGCCCUCCUUCGCCACGCUGUGGGAGAAGCUGCACGCCAUCCACAGAUGCCUUCCCCGAGUCCUCACGUGACUCAGGGCUCCGGGCUCCACCAGGCCAGCCCCUCCUCCCUGCAGAGCGUCCACUCGAAGGGAUGCUGGUCGGCCGGACCGAGGAGCCUCUGGCUAUGGGCCUCAGGUCCUGGCGUGCACACGUGUUUGUGCACCAGGCAAACAUGUGCAGACGGUGGAGGGCUCACGUUCUCUGUGCAGUGUGACACGUG